AUGUUUUUAAUCUGCAGUUUUUUGGCUAAAUUUUGGAAUGCGCUGUCACAUGUCAAAUCACAAUUAAAUUUAAAACGAUACUCACAAUGCAUUAGAUACGGUGCCUUGCUGUGCUUGGCCCACAACAUGUGCCGGCCAGGCAUGUUUUUUACACUUAAUUUAAUUAUCACGUUGGUUACUCCUCAUUUCACCGUGCCAUACCGCUCACAGACAGAGCUCAGCCAAACGUUUACAAAUUUACAUUUGCCCAUCAAAUAUUGCCGUGAUCCUCAUCUACGGCCACGAUCACAAGCACACACAUCGUUUCAUCGCUACAAGAAGCAACAGCAUGCGCAGAUUCUGAAGGGCCUGCAGCUCAUAGAGCAAUUGCGUUUUUGUGCCGUGCUCACCAUUUUUACCACCCGGUACCAAUCAAAAACGGAUUUACAUAGAACAGUCUUCUGCGAGAGCACUUCUACGUCAAGAUGA